GGGUUAUCAGAAGUGGAUACCAAAUAAUUUAGUAUGUUACAACGAGUCCAUAAGUUUGGUAAUUAGCAAUGAAGCUGCCAAUAUUCCUGCUUUUUCUAGUCGUUUUAGAAAUAGAGGCAGGAUUAGAACCUUACUAUUUUCCUACUGAUCCUCUAUACAAAGGCGAGGGCUGUAAACCAGUGGAUAGUAGUUUACCAAAGAUGAUGAAAGAGAGAGAAAUGAAAGCACUCGAAGGAUGUAACGCAGCAUACUGUUCUAAUAAUUCCAUCCACAGAGUGGAUUGCGAAUGUUUGAUAGGUGGAGGGCCGGGGUGCCAUUAUGGUAAUUUUGAUCUAACUAAACCAUACCCAGAUUGUUGUCCUAAACUAAUAUGUGAAUAAGAGUACCAGUUUAAAGUACAACCAAUGUAUCUUUGUUCUAAGCACAAAAAUAAAAGCUAUUUGUAUCA